CUUCUCUCUCUUCAUUUCUGUCUUCCUUCUCUUUAGUACAACUUUUGCUCAACUCUCUUCUGCACUCUUUGAAUUAGGCACAAUGAGUAGGCAAUUCAGUUCUAGAUCUGGCGGAGGGAUUAGGACUUCCCGGGGAUAUACCUCUUCCACUGUCAUCAUUCCUGGUGGGACAAAAGCUAGUUCCAGCUCAGUUUCAUUAUCCCGAGGUGUGAGGGGAAGCAUAGGAUUAGGUGGGGGCUUUGGUAGCAGAAGCCUCCAUAAUCUGGGGGGUAGCAAACGGAUCUCUGUUGGAAUUGGCCACAGUGGUGGUGGUGGAGGCUUUUGGGGUGGCAGUGGAUUUGGUGGUGGCAGUGGAUUUGGUGGUGGCAGUGGAUUUGGUGGUGGCAGUGGAUUUGGUGGUGCUGGUGGAUAUGGAUAUGGGGCUGGAGGUUAUGGAGUAGCUUUAGGAGUGGGAGGCUACAGUGGUGGAGGAAGAGUGGUCCCCAUGGCUCCUCCAGGGGGCAUCCAGAAAGUGACUGUCAAUCCCAACCUCCUAUCACCACUGCACUUAGAGAUUGAUCCUGAGAUUCAAAAAGUGCGGGAACGUGAAAGGGAACAGAUCAAGACCCUCAACAACAAGUUUGCUUCAUUCAUUGACAAGGUACGGUUUCUCGAGCAGCAGAAUAAAGUGCUAGAAACAAAAUGGAACCUUCUGCAGCAACAUGGCAGCACAACCUCAAAGCUCUCCCUUGAAGCCAUCUUUGAAUCUUACAUCAGUGGCCUCAGGAGAGUGAUAGAUACCUUAAUGGGUGAUCGGGGGAAGUUGGAUGGAGAGCUAAGAAAUGUGCAGGAUCUUGUAGAAGACUACAGAAGGAAAUAUGAAGAUGAAAUUAACAAGCGCACCGCUGCUGAAAAUGACUUUGUUGGUAUCAAAAAGGAUGUUGAUGGUUCAUUCAUGCAUAAAAUAGAGCUGCAAGCAAAGGCUGAUAGGCUGUUAGAUGAGAUCAGCUUCCUGAAAGCCAUCUAUGAGGCUGAAUUGACUCAAAUCCAAGGACAGAUUAGUGACACCAAUGUUGUCUUGCAAAUGGACAACAACCGAGAUCUGGACCUCAACAGUAUCAUUGCUGAAGUGAAAGCACAGUACGAAGACAUUGCCAACAGGAGCCGGGCUGAAGCAGAAGCAUGGUACCAAAGCAAGUUUUUGGAACUUCAGAGCACAGCUGUUGGUCACGGGGAUGACCUGAAAAACACCAAGACUGAGAUUGCAGAACUGAAUCGGUUUAUCCACAGACUAAGAACAGAAAUUGAUAACGUGAAGAAGCAGAUUGCCAGUCUCCAGGCAGCAGUUGCUGAUGCUGAACAGCGUGGGGAGUUGGCCCUGAAAGAUGCCAGACUGAAACUCAGCGACCUGCAACACGCUCUGCAAAAUGCGAAGGAUGAGCUGGCCCGUCUCCUGCGGGAUUAUCAGGAGUUGAUGAAUGUCAAAUUGGCUCUGGAUAUUGAAAUUGCUACAUACCGCACCCUGCUAGAAGGCGAAGAAUGCAGGAUGUCUGGAGAACUCACUGCCCCUGUGAGCAUGUCAGUGAUCAGCAACACGUCUACCAUCAGCGGAGGCGGUUACAGCAUCGGAGGUGGUGGAGGUGGUGUUCGAGUGAGCAGUGGAGGAUUUAGCCUGGGGGGUGGUGGAGGAGGGGGAGGCAGUGGUGCUGGAAGCAGCCUGGGUCUGACAGUGGGAGGUGGUGGUGCCGGCAGUUACGGUAUAAGUAGUGGGGCUGCUAUGGGAGGGAGCAGUUACAGUUCUGGAGGCUAUGGCGGGGGCAUUGGCAGUGGAGGUGGGGGAGGCUCUUCAAGUAUGAAAUACGUCUCAACCGCAACCUCAUCAUCCAGCAGAAAAGUGGUCAGAUAAAGACAUGCGUGUCCCACUGAUCCUGAACAAGCUCCUACUUCUAACUGCCAGCAGCAGCACAAGUCCCCAAGCUAGGCAUCCUUCCAUUUUUUUCUGAGAAGUUUAAUAAGGACAGACAUUCUCCCUUGUCUCAUGAACGAACACAUCUCAGCAGGUGUUGGCUGUUCAUGAGAAGUGGUUCACGCCGCCCCUUCACCAGGCCCUUUCAGUGUUACAAGCAUCUUUCCCAACCAACGUGACUUGUGGCUGUCGAGGCAUCCCUGAUCUUCCUCUCUCUGUUAUUAUAAUUCUGACUUCAGUAAAGUAGAACUGUGUUGCCUACAGUCUGAAUGAAUCAAAGCAGCC